AUGACGGUGGAAGGCGAGAGGCUACAAGACCGCGACGAGCUUGUGACGGUGAGGACUCGAAAGAGAUGCUAUCGUGCCAUGAUGGAACCCCCGGUCAAGCGGCGGCGACUGGGCGAGCAUCCUCAGUUAUGGGAUGACGACGCGGAUGGAGAUGAUGAGGAAUGGGAGGAGUAUGAUGAAGACGAUGACAAGGAUAAUGGAGAGGCGGCUCCAGAGCAACGGGAAGGCUCCGUUGAGCAGGAUGACGGCUACCAGCUUGCUAUUGAAAAAGCUUAUGCCGACAAUCGAUUUCGAGCUACCAUGGUCCAUAUUUUUAGAAAAUAUGGUCGCGACUUCGAGGGGAUUGGCGAUGAGAUUGACCUGUCCACCGGAGAAAUCGUUGUCAAUAACGGGCACAUUGAAAACAUGCGCAAUGAGGUCGAUGUGGGAGAUGUUCCUAGAAGCCACAACGGAGACACUGACGACGACGACGACCACCACCACCACCACCACGAGGAGGAGGAGGAGGAGGAGGAGGAGGAUUAUGAUAAUGAUGAUGAUGGAAUUUUACUAGAGGAUCUUCCAGACGACGAGAGCGGCCAAUAUUACUCCCGUAAACAAGGAGCUUGUGACUCCUUGGAGGACGACGACGCGAGCCAAUGUUGGACGAGCGAUGCUGACGAUGCCGAACCCACACCAGGCAAUAUGCAGCUCCAAAGGUUGCAGCAGUCAUUCAGCCCGGAUUCUGUCGACGCAAUACCUGGAUACAACCCAAAAAAUAAUGGGGGCUCAGGCCUGAUGUCGGGACUUUAUGGCGGCGGAGGUUUGCGGUAUGCCUCAGCUUUGGGCGAGUUCGGAGCAUCACCCCUUGCUCUGGGGCCGUGGGACAUGUUACCUCAAGCGCAGGAACGAUAUGAAUUUCCCAAACAGGAUGGUUCCAGUUCGAUUUGGGCUCCUGAUUACCGCUUUAACGACAACGAACCUGACCAGCGUCCCUCCGUGAGAGCACGAUUAGGCCCGUCAAGGAUGAGACCGAAAGCUAAAAAGCCUAAGGCUCUCUCCCUCCCAUGGGUUGGAAAUGGGGAAGUAGUACCUGGAGGAUCACAUAAACGACCGGGAGAUGUGCCUGAACAACACUACCAUAACUCUUCGAACAGGAAGCAAAUGAUGCCUUUGGGGAACCUAUCUUGGGUCGAGACCAUGGAGGAAAGUGAUACAAUUGAUGACGCCGUAUUCUCAGCAGAAGAAGUACCCAUGUCUUCGGACACAGGAGAUACGACCGACGAUGUGCCACAGCCGAAGCCGAAUACUGCGUCAGAACCAACACUGAGAAUUAUACCUGAUUCCCAGGAUUCGUAUGCUUCUCUAGGCAAUCAACCCACACAAUCCAGUGCCAAAUCAAAACCACCACAGCCUCAUGAGCCCAAACAUCGAGAUUUCAACUCCGCCUGUGUGCUCUCAGAUGAUGAAUCACCCUUGUAUUCGUCACUAUUGGGAUCGAGUAGUACCACUGAUCCCACGAAAUCCGCCAGGGCACUUUCAAACGCGAGUGCUGUCCCGGCCUCUGAUGUUAAUGCUGACGGGACAGUAGUUAAACGGGGGCGAGGAAGACCUAGGAAAUAUCCUCCUGGCUAUCGGCCUCCUCGAACCUAUCAAAGGAAACCCAAAGCCCCCUUACCAGAACUACCUGGCUUGACAAGACCUCUUACUGUGCCAACAAUGUCGAAUAUGUCAUUUGUGCCCACAAUGACAACAGCACCAACGAUACAGCCAACGACACAGCCAAUUAUGCAGCAGACGGUACAGCCAACGAUACAGCCAAAUAUGCAGCCAAAAACACAACAAAUUCGAACGGAAACGGUUCCAGGUGUGAAAAGAAAGAGAGGUCGGCCUAGAAAAUACCCUCUUCCCGGGACCAUGCCUCAGCAGACUCCGAAGAGUCCCACUGAGAAGCAAUCUCAACAACCGGCCAGCCAGGGGCCUUUUCCUCACACCUUUCAGCCUGGAUUUCAGCAGCAAGGGUUUCAAUAUCCGUUUAACCCCCUGUUCCAGCAACCUCUGUUUCAGUUUCCUCAGCAAACGGCUUACCAGCCAUGGCAUUCUUUGCAGCAGUCAUAUAUUCAGCAUCCUAUCUUCCAAUUUCAGCAACAAAUCGCCCAGCAGCCGAUGCAACAGCUCUGGCAACAACCUAUGGUACCAUACCGCUCAGCUCAAUCACAGUCACCAUCUCAACCGGUAAAGAAAAAACGAGGACGACCGAGAAAAUACCCUGUCAAGUUUGACUCUGUGUACCCUGGCUAUGUAAUGAACCGGAAAAGAAGUGCCUCUAAGAAAAUUUAUGAAGGGUUGCCAUCGCACCAACAACUACCCGGUCUGCAAAAUAGCAUGACUGCUCUUCUAAGUGGACAGUCAGGCCGUAUGAUGAUAUCCGAGGACGCAUGGUAUGGUGUUGCCCGGCAGCUGGCACAAGACAUCGCCUGUCUUCAAGGGGGUUCACUUUUCAGCAGCCAGUUUCAAGCUGGGCCCUCGUCCUCUAUCAAGAAAACUUCUCAGUCAUCGUCAAAGAAGGCUGGGCAGCCUGAACCUGGCUCCUCUACAUCCCCGGAAGCAGACGACGAACCGCACAGCUCUCACAUCGAGCAUGGCGUCCCUAUCCAAGAUGAAAGGGUAGUGACUGAUCAAGAAUUUGUCAACUUACCUUCAAUUGACCGGAACGUGCUUGAUCCAGCAUUAGGGGAUCGUCCCCCGGCUGAAUUCGAUAUGUUUGGCAAUGCAUCACUUGAGCCGCCCCCAUUUGGCUCCGAUAUGAUUGAUCCAGCUUUAAUCGACCCUGCUUUAACUGGGGAAGCAUCUACGGGUCUUUCUACAGCAGAGUCAGGCACGACUGAGCCUGCUCGGACUUCGAUGGAGCCAGACACAUUUGAUCCAGCUUGUAUAGAUCCGGCUUUGUUGAUAGAAGAUUCGGAUUCACCGAUGGAAGACGAUGACGGAGGAUUCGUUGUAAUGCAGUCGCCGCCCCGGAGCGUGACAGGGGGUGCCCAGCCAACCCCUUCACCACCGAGUCCGCCACCCAGCAUCAGGAAGUCAUCACCGUGGAAAGGAAAAGACCGGUGCACCCCAUCUCCAGCGCCAGAACAUAAUGUCGAUAGUCACACUCCAACCUCUCUCGAGUCUGCCAAGGCUAGCACCCCUGUACGACACGAGCUAGACAACUUUGAUCUCCCAUCGUCGCCAGAGCCUUUCAAUCCUCGAAUUACAGUACGAGACGCACCAGAGAAAGAGCCCAUUUCGAAACCGGAAAAGGCUAUUGAUCAACCCCCUUCUAUUGUCAUACAAGGUGGUUCCGAUUUCGAUGGCUCCCAUGAGAACAGUGGCCAAGCCUGUGCAGCGGCAACAGAAUACCCGGCAGAGAUACCUCUCACAGGAACAGUCGACACGUCAAUAAAACUGGUUGCCAAAGAACAAGAGUCAUUAGCGAGUAAUGAGGAGCCUCUUGAUUCGGCAGCUACAUCCGUUGAAGUUGUACCCAAAAUAGUGGACUCUUGCCAGCGGCUGGACAAUAAGUCCGAAAAGUCUGAACAACCUGUUCUCCAGCCACCACAACGAACGGAAAGAUACGAAGAUGGCCAAGUUCAGACUCUAGCACACGCAAAUCCAUCACCAAAGAAAAUCACUACGCCUCGGACGCCAGAGCCACCUAAGGCGGUUGAAAUUACAAAUCAAACUCCAGCAAAAUUUUCUGAGAGGCGCUCUCCUAAGGUACCCAGAUCUGCAGAGAGAUGCACUCCUAUUUUUCUGGAGUCUCCCAUAUUUGUAAAGUCACCUACUCGAAGCCCUCCAAAGACUCAAAGCCCUCUGAAGAGGCAACACACGAUAGAAAGGCGAACGAUGGGAGAGCUCAAGAAAGCCAUAUUGCAACCGCGGCAAAGGGCGCCGCCUCCGAAACAAGCACAGAAGCCAAUGCUAAAGCUGGUCGAGCUGGAAAGCGGUCGAUCAUCUAUAACUACCAAGUCAAGGACGAAAUUACCGGAUGUUCCUGUGGGCAAUCCUUCAAAAAUAUCCAGGAUAGGCCGAUCGCCUGUGUCGGAGCCAACCAUGUCAAAGUCUAGUGUGUCGAAUUCAGCAGAGUGCAAAAUAUUAUUGUCUCAGGGCAAGGCCUCAACAGCUAUGAAAAAGCCGAAUUCAAGACGUUCACUUUUGUCGUUAGUUUCAGGUGAAGGCAACAAUCAAGACAUAGACGACGAGGUUGACGAGCUGGGUAAUUCGGUUAAGUCCAAAUCAUCGUCUUCGACCAAGUCGAACUCAAUUCUCCCGACGAACGUCUCGCAAGACAAAAAAUUGAAAUCGACCGCAGAGGCCAGACAAACACAACAGAAUUCUUUGAGGGAGAAGUCUCAGAAAGACCAGCAGCCUCAGGAGGAGAAACUUCCUAAAGAUAAGGAUAAGGGAAAAGAAAAGGAGAACGGUAAGAAGAAGAAACGACGUAACGUAGAUGGGUCGCGCUCAAAGUCUGGAUCAACUUCUGGUCGUGGCAAGGAGUGUGGCGUUGAUGGGUAUACCUGUAACAGGGAUUUUUGUUUUACUUGUCUCUAG